UUCGGUUCGGUUCCUUGGAGUUGCCAACCUGGUUCGUCGAUUCGCGAUUUCCAGGUUCAGGUAGGAAACAAGAUCCAGGAUGUACACUCGUAUGACUGGCAGGCGUUCAUGGAUGAGUUUAGCAAGAUUGGUGCUAUCAACGGCGAUCUGUCGCGUGAGAUCUCGAACGGUCUUAUCGGCAUCGACAAGUGGAAGACUGCUCAGCGCUUUCUCGUUGUUGAUUGCUCGCGCAUCAGUGAGCCUGGUGUACCUCAGUCGAUUAAGGUAUCUGGUGUGAACGUUGCUACUCAGGGAACGAACCUCCUGGUGCUCGUUGUUUACGAGCGUACCCUCGAGAUUGUUCGCAUCACCGGAGAAGUGUUCCGUGCGGACUGA